GUGGGGCGGGCAAGUCGUGGCGGGAAGCACGGUGGCCGAGCAGAGGCCAGCGGCCCCAGCGGGAGCAAGUGGAGGGCGGCUCCCGGGGCGGGGCCAGCCCAUCUCCUUCCCUCCCGCCUUUCCUCCCUGCAUCCACCUAGGCCACGGGAGCCGCGGCGAAGACUCCUCCAUCCAGCCUCGUCGCAGGGCGCCCGUGACGCGGAGAGUCGGCGUGCUCCAGCAACCAGGCAUCAGAUAGUGUGGUGGACGUGGAGUCGGGAAGAGCUGUAUUUGGAUCCUGUCUUAGACACUCCCUAGCUAUGCGACGAUGGAAGAUUGGAUUUUCAAUGGCAGAAGAAAGAGGAGUAAUCAGAUGACCGAGAUGAAUUAUAACAUUCUUCUUGAAGAGAUUCUUAUUAAAAGGUCGCAACAGAAGAAGAAGACUUCACCUUUAAACUAUAAAGAGAGGCUUUUUGUACUAACAAAAUCUAUGUUGGCUUACUAUGACGGCCGAGCAGAGAAAAAAUAUAGAAAGGGAUUUGUUGACAUUUCAAAAAUCAAAUGUGUGGAAAUAGUGAAGAUUGAUGAUGGUGUGAUUCCUUGUCAGAAUAAAUAUCCAUUUCAGGUUGUCCAUGAUUCAACUACACUUUACAUUUUUGCCCCCAGUGCACAAAGCAGAGAUCGAUGGGUGAAAAGCUUAAAGGAAGAAAUCAAGCACAACAACAACCUGAUGGUCAAAUACCAUCCCAAACUCUGGGCAGAUGGAAGCUAUCAAUGUUGUAGACAGACGGAAAAGUUAGCACCUGGAUGUGAAAAAUACAAUCUCUUUGAGAGUAGUAUAAAAAAAGUACUACCUCCAGCACCAGAAAAAACUAAGCGAAGACCUCCGCCUCCUCUUCCGCCUGAAGAAGAUAAAAAUGAAGAAAUAGUUGUAGCAAUGUAUGAUUUCCAAGCAACAGAAACACAUGAUCUCAGACUAGAGAGAGGCCAAGAAUAUCUUAUACUGGAAAAAAAUGAUGUUCAUUGGUGGAGAGCAAGAGAUAAGUAUGGGAGUGAAGGAUACAUUCCAAGCAACUAUGUUACAGGGAAGAAAUUGAGCAACUUAGAUCAAUAUGAGUGGUAUUGCCGAAAUAUGAAUAGGAGUAAGGCGGAGCAACUCCUUAAAAGUGAAGAUAAAGAAGGUGGUUUUAUAGUGAGGGACUCCAGUCAACCAGGCAUGUACACAGUCUCCCUUUAUACCAAAUUUGGAGGGGAAGGUUCAUCAGGAUUUAGACACUAUCAUAUAAAGGAAACAACAACAUCUCCAAAGAAGUAUUAUCUUGCCGAAAAACAUGCAUUUAAUUCAAUCCCUGAAAUUAUUGAAUACCAUAAACACAAUGCAGCAGGGCUUGUCACCAGGCUGCGGUACCCAGUAAGUGCUAAAGGGAAGAAUGCACCAACAACUGCAGGGUUCAGCUAUGAAAAAUGGGAGAUCAACCCCUCAGAGCUGACCUUUAUGAGGGAAUUGGGAAGUGGACUUUUUGGGGUAGUCAGGCUUGGCAAAUGGCGGGCCCAGUACAAGGUGGCAAUCAAAGCUAUCCGAGAAGGUGCGAUGUGUGAGGAAGACUUCAUUGAAGAAGCCAAAGUGAUGAUGAAGCUAACUCACCCCAAAUUAGUUCAGCUUUAUGGUGUGUGCACCCAGCAAAGACCCAUUUACAUCGUCACGGAGUUCAUGGAAUGUGGUUGUCUUCUGAACUUUCUCCGACAAAGACAUGGUCAUUUCAGUAGAGAUGUUCUGCUGAGCAUGUGUCAGGAUGUGUGUGAAGGAAUGGAAUACCUGGAGAAGAACAGCUUCAUCCACAGAGAUCUGGCUGCCAGGAAUUGUUUGGUGAAUGAGUCAGGAGUUGUGAAGGUGUCUGACUUUGGAAUGGCAAGAUACGUCCUGGAUGACCAGUAUACCAGUUCUUCAGGUGCUAAGUUUCCAGUGAAAUGGUGUCCCCCCGAAGUUUUUAAUUAUUGUCGAUUUAGCAGCAAGUCAGACGUCUGGUCCUUUGGUGUGUUAAUGUGGGAAAUAUUCACCGAGGGGCGAAUGCCUUUUGAGAAAAACGCCAACUUUGAGGUGGUGACGAUGGUUAGCCGUGGCCACAGGCUUUACCGGCCAAAGCUGGCUUCGAGAUAUGUUUAUGAAGUGAUGCUGAGCUGUUGGCAUGAGAAACCAGAGGGAAGACCUUCGUUUGAAGAGCUGCUGCGCACAAUAGAUGAACUAGCAGAAUGUGAAGAAACUUUCGGAAGAUAAAUGGUGCUGUCUACCCGGUCAUUCCCUAAUGCCAGAGCCCAAGGAAAAUUGGUGCCUUGGGCCGAACUCUUAAUUUAUUUUGCACAUGGAUAAACAGCUUAUUUGGUUUAUUCCUAGCAUUACUCUGGAGCAUUUACUCCUAGCAUUUACUUGAAGAGCACCCACAGCACUAAAAGUGUGGCUCAUCGUCCAGUUAGGAUAGCCUUGCGGAGAGGAACUAUAAACUACAAAAAGGUAGCUCUUCAGAGACCUGGAAGGAAGCGUUGUCGUGUCGGUUGGAAGAAGCGAUGCUGGUGGUAACAACAGAAGCUCAGGAUCAGACGGGAACAGGAAUGGGGCCGUGAGCUGGAGGAAUGCCCUCCCAGCUUCUCUCCUCAUCGCUUUCUCAGACCCAGGCCCUUCAUCCUGAAAAUAGGAACAGAAAGAGCAAAGAGCCCAAAUCAUCUAUGUCUCCAUCAUUGGGGUCAUUUGCAAUAUGAUAGAAUUGAGCGUUCUUCAAUACUUAGAUAGUGUUGGUUGGUUACAAGUGAUUGAUUAACCCAUUCUUCCAAGAAUUAAUAUUGUGUGUCAUCUGAAUGCAGUGGAGGGACCCAAGAGCUGCACAUAAUGUUUUCAGAGACACAGGAGAUUGGAAAAGGAGAGGGAUCAGUCACAUAGCAAGAAUGAGAAAUGGCUGGCCUUUACAUCCUAUUAUUGGCUUCUCUUCAGUGUCAAGAGAUCUAGAAGAAAGCUACACAAUUUUGGGUCUCACCCAUUCACCUUAUCAGAAAAUCCAGUGGGAGGAUAUGAACCAGAGAUGAAGAGAAUGAGAAGGCACAAAUGGGUUGCUAUCUGCACUGUAGAAGGGACUCUCCACAUCCAUAAGAUCACAAGUCCAUUGAAGUAUUAAGUGAUAUCACAAUCCAUAUAAUUUACAUGUUGUAUGUAUUGUAAAUAUAUACAUAUACAUAAAGUUAUAUAUUUAUAAGAAACGUGAGUUCUCUUUUGAUUUAAAACCAACUGAAUUUCUUUUUACAGUUUCAGUGCUUCCACUUUUUUACUCUGUCCCCAAGAUUUAGUAUUUCUCCCUUUGCCCCUGUAAGCCCAGGUGAAAGCAGCAUUAUUAACAUCAAUCAUCAUUUCUUGAAUUUCUUCUAAAACUAGACAUUGUGAGGGAUGUGAAAGAUGUAAGAUAUGAUCCCUGCCUUUCUUUUGUCCUACCAUCAUGCCUCAGUCCUAUAUCUUUUCUCCCUUUUCCUGCUAAAAUUUUACCAUCUGUACACUUGCUAUUUCUGCUUCUUUGUAAUUCCCUUACAAUUCCUUCAUGGUGGGUUUCCCCAAAGAGUCAGGCCAGUAGGUAAAUAAAAGAAUAGGCCUUUAUUAAGAUGUGUUCUAAUUCAAUCAACAGGCAUUUAUAAAGUACCUACUCUGGGCCAAGGUCUCUGCUAAGAACUAGAGAUCUAAGGGGAGAAAAUGAAAUGAUCCCUGCUCUUAAACAGUUUACAUGUUAUCCGUGAAAGACCCCAGGCCUAAAAUGAAACUUUAGAGCUGAGAGCAAGAAAAACCUCAGAGCGGUCAACACUACAACCAAAUAGGUUGCAUCCAAUGGCUCUAAUGUACUAGGUUUCUAGACUUAAUUUAUACUGAUCUUUGUACAAUACAGUCCCACCUAAUUGGGCUACUUUUUCCCUGAAUGUGACACGUCAGAUUCAUCCUUAUUUUUGCCUUUCAUGAUCCUUAGCUUCCUUUCAGUACUCAGUUCAGGUCCUAUGUACUCUAGUGAGUUUUCCUUGACCUAUCCUUCCCACCCCCAACCCCAGCUAGAGUAUUUUGUCUAGAUCUCAGUCUCUACCUUAUAUCC